AUGACAAUCAAGUAUCUCAUCUUGCUCUCACGGCAGGGCAAAGUGCGCCUAGCUAAAUGGUUCACCACACUCGCGCCCAAGGACAAGGCCAAGAUUGUCAAGGACGUCUCUCAACUCGUCCUCGCCCGUCGCACGCGCAUGUGCAACUUCCUCGAGUAUAAGGACACCAAGAUCGUAUAUCGCCGCUACGCCUCGCUCUUCUUCAUCGCCGGCUGCGACUCGACCGACAAUGAGCUAAUCACGCUCGAAAUCGUCCACCGCUACGUCGAGCAGAUGGACAAGUACUACGGCAACGUGUGCGAGCUCGACAUCAUCUUCAACUUCCAAAAGGCCUACUUCAUUCUCGAUGAGCUGCUGCUUGCGGGUGAGAUGCAGGAGAGCAGCAAGAAGAACGUACUGCGGUGUAUCGGACAGCAAGACAGCCUCGAGGAUAUGGAGGCCGAGGACGACAUCAUCACCAAGAUUAUGUAA